GUGACGGAAAAUAAUCUAUCCGCAACACGCAAUUUUGUUCGAGUGUGACGUUUUUAUCAAUCCUUUUUUUUUCGUUCGUCUUUUUUCUGUUUUGUUCAAAAGGGCGCGCGCGAUAACGGUACGCCCACUUCGGUGUUGCGCGAACCCCUGCUUUCCGGCGCCAUUUCUCCCUCCCUGUGUGUGUGUAGAGACUGUGUGUAUGUCCUAAAUCGCAAAAGGGAAAGAAAAUCGUCGCGAAAAGUGGCGUGUGUGUGUGUGUGUGUGUGUGAGUGUGUGUAACCCCUUUCUUGUGCUUUACUCUUGGUGCAAUUGUGAAGCAAGGAGAAGAAAGAAAAAAAGCGCUGCCGCUGCCCAUUCGUCCCCCUUCCCCAGUAUUCUUUUGCGUUGCCGCGGCUUAUUAGAGUGAAAGAGAAAGAGCGAGAAAGAGAAGGAGCGGUUCGAUGUGAGAAUUCCGCGGGCGAAAUAGACGAACCGCCCCAGAGACCACGGCCGCGGCAUUUCCAACUCCGCGUGGGCUUGCUCUGGUGCUAUUGGUAUUGGUGCACGGAAGAGUUUUGUAUGUGUGUGCGUGUGUGCGUGAAUAGAAGAACGCUGCAUUCCGGGCGAAAGUGGUGUGCGUACACAGUCCCGCAAAGGGCCUCCGAAUAUCCCCGUCUCUUUCUUGCUACACAAGCCCUUACGGGGCGGGCGCCGCAAUCGAGGCUGCACCGUUGCGUGUGCGUACAGUGUGUGCGCGCGCGUGUGUGUGAGUGUGUGUGAUAUCGUAGAGCCGCUGAUGCUGCUGCUUGUGCUUGGGCACACGGUCGAGAGAGCGUACAUCCAAGCACACACAGCCAAAGCGGACGGAAGAAGGGCAAGAUCGCUGAUACACCACGGCGGUGCUGUUUUGGAGCACAUUGAUUGUGCGUUCCCGGCGUGUGUGCGAGUGUGUGCUUUUCACUGGCGGUGUCUCUGCUGCUACAACAAGACGACGGCGGAUGGUGUCAUGGUCGUGUGCAGAAGGAACAAGCUAGUAGCCGCCUAAAAUUGACACCCACCAACGCUAGAAGAGAAGGCACGUCCAAAACCAAACGCGCAGGAAGGUGAGCUGUCGGUGCUGCACCCCCCGGUCUCUCAUCGCAGCAGCCCGCGUCCCCUUACUUGCUCGAUGCCGCUAGCAGCAGCCACUGCAACCGUGCGCAUUCCAUCAUACGGCUGUGGAUUGAAAACAUCUUCCCGAAGGCGAAGACGGCGACGAACAGCAGCAGCAGCAGCAGCAGCAGCAUCUGUGCUAGAGCAAAUUUCCAACGCGCCAAGACACUAACCACAAUCAUUCGCUGCAAUCGAGCGAAAGAAAGAGAGAGAGAGUACGAGAGAAAAGUACGCAUUAAAAGAAAGUGCGACGCACUAUUGCCGCGCGCGACGGCCCAACUUUUACAACUUCCACGCUAAGACGCGCUAACAACGCACUCGUGUCUCGGUUUAACAUAUCGACAGUUACAGAGAGAGAAGGAGGAAGCACAGCGAAGGCGAACGUCGACUAGAAGAAGGAAAAAUGCAGAAGAAAAUAAUACAGCAGCAGUUACCGCAAGUGCGGAAGGUCUUCACGACCACCACGGCCCAGCAGCACCAUAGCCAGCAGCCGCAGCAUCAGCAGCAGCAGCUGAACGCGGUGAAAAAGAUCAACAGCCUGCUGCAGAGCGGAUCGGUCAGCGUGACGGGCAUUCCGUCCGGCCAGCAGCAGCAGCGCAUCAUACACAAGAAACCCCUCACCCCGGUCACGGUGUCGAGCGCGAGCAACAACAGUUUCGCGGGCAGACCACCGCACAAAUGCUACAUCUGCGGGGAGAAUGCGGGCGCAAACGCGACCCUCAUCUCGGAAGCAUCCACCACGACCACGCAAACCGAGUACGUGGUCAAGCUGGCGAAGGUGAUCGGCUCGGACUACUCGGUCGUGCUGACGGUGGAGGACGUGAUCUGUCGCCGGUGCAUCAUGCUGCUGAACCAGUACGACAAGCUCGAGUCGGAGCUGGACACGCUGCGCGGCACGCUGCUCGGGUUCAUUCACAAAAAGAACAACAUCCCGGACGAUGCGGAUGCGUCCGGCAUGCUCGGUUCGCCGCCGUCCAAGAUGCCGAAGCUGACGCCCAUCAGCUCGGCCGGUAGCGGUGGCACGGUGUCCACACCGAUCGGGAACGUGAUGUACAAGGUGGCUAGCGGCGGGCAGCAGCAGGUGGGCGAAAACUUCCUGUCCACGUCCGGGUCCGAUCUGAACACCAGCAAUACCUCCGACGUGGAAGCUCAGCUGACGAGCAUGUUCGAGAAGGGCUCGACGGCAUCGCCCGGCACGUCCGGCCAGCAGCAGCAGCCCGUCAAGCAGCACAUCGUCGUGACCACGAACAAUGGCGGCAUGGUGGGGGCAGAAAACGCGACAGGAGGCACCACCACCACCACCGUCGGUGGGCUGGCCGCGAACCGGAAGGGCACCAAGAUGUACAAGUGCAUACCGUGCGGAUUCAAAACGACCGACCUGUCCCAGUUCCAGCCCCAUUACGCGACCUGCCCGCCGCGGCUCGCCGGGCUCGCCGCGCAGAACGCGAACAGCCCGAACGCGACCGCCAACACCACCACCACCACCACCACCACUACCACGACCGGGUACCGGUGCAAGCUGUGCAAGCUUGUGUUUGCCAACGUCGCCUUGCUGAAGCAGCACAGCCUGCAGGAGCAUCAGCAGCAGAUGCAGCAGUCCCAGCAGAAGACGAUCGUCACCACCACCACCGCGUCGUCGGCGGCAGCGGCCGGUGCCGUGACGCAACAGGACCACCACCACCAGCAGGGCUCAACCGGCGGCAGCACCGUCUACUCCUGCACGGUGUGCAACACGUACAAGACGACGGACAAGCAGGCGUACGACGACCAUCUGCGGAAGCACAUCAAGCUAAAGCCGUUCAAGUGUCGCGUCUGCCUGAUGCGCUUCGAAACCCGCGAACAGGCGUCGAUCCACGCGAAACAGCACCAGCCGGACUAUUUUAAGUGCGGCAUCUGCAACGUAACGUUCAGCAAGCGCGAGCAGCUGAUGAGCCAUCUCGAGGUGCACGAGUCGGCCAAGAAGCCGGUGAAACAGCCGGCCCAGCAGCAGCAGCAGCAACAACAACAGCAGCAGGAGCAACUGCAACAACAGCAGCAACAGCAGCAGCAACAGCUCGCGACCGUAACCGAUUCCUCCACGCAGAAGCUGCUCCAGGCGUCGAUCGACGAAGCGCUGCGGGGCACGAUCAGCGAAUCGAUGGGCGACUCGAACGUCAUCCAGUUCUACACCUGCAACUCCUGCUCACUCACAUUCCUGAGCGAACCGCUGUACACGCAGCACAUCAAGACGCACACGGCGGGCACUGCAGCAGCAGCAGCAGCACCGGCUGCGAUAGCUUCGGGCGUCGAGCAGCAGCUGCAAGCGCACCAGGGCCACCAGUCGCAGCAGCUAAUGCAGCUGAACAGUGGCACCGGAGGCGUGCGGAAAUCGAUUGCCACUUCCGCCGCCGUCGUGAACAAUGCGUCCUCGACGGAUGGCACUAGCAGGAUGAUCACGACGACGAGCGGCAGCAGCAGCAACACCACCACUGCUAACAGUGGGUCAAACGCUGGCUCGAACACAAUUACCGACGGCGAUCUCGAGAGCAUCUUCGAGCGAAUGCACUCCGAAUCGAAGGGAUCCGAUUCGCGCACGUCGACGACGACAACCACGACGACGGAGAGCAACAACGUGAUCAUAACGAAUCAGGACGGUUCGACCGGAAACAUUACGUUUAACAUUACGCUACCCCAGCAGGAAGAUGGAACGUACGAGCAGCAGCAGCAGCAGCAACAGCAGGAACAGCAACAGUCCGUAGGGAUCGAUAUGCCAACGCUCGACCAAGGAGACGAUCAGCACCAGAAGGAAGAGCAGCAGCAACAGCAGCAACACAUGCAAAGCAUGCCCGUCAGCAUGCCCAGCCUGGACGAUGACGGCGAGCAGUCGCAGAACAGCCAAAACUCCAACACGGAGAACGUGCCGAUGGAGCUGGAGGACAUGCAGGGCGGCGAGGGCCAGCAGAUCAACCUGAUCCUGAACGAUGGGCAGGUGCUGCAGCUGGACAAUCACAUCCUGACGACGGACGCGGAGGGCAACCAGAUACUGGUGCAGGGCACGGACUCGGAACAGAUCCAGCAGCUGCUGCAGAGCGUCGGCGUGGUGAUGCAGGGCGGCGAGGGACUGGGCGAGGGCGAAACGCUGCAGAUGAUUAGCGGCGACGGCAACAACCAGAUGAUACUGGUGCAGGGGGCCGACGGGCAGGAGCAGCUGAUCGACGCGUCGCUGCUGAACGCGGACGGCAACAUCGUCAUCCAGCAGUCGCAGGAGGGCGAGCUGAACGCGGAGGGUACCCACAUUACGACCGAGGACGGGCUGCAGAUCCCCGUCUCGGUCGCGUUCACCACGGCCGGCGGCGAGGCGGGCCACGAGGGCCAGCUCACCGUGUCGAUGGCGGACGGUGGCGAGCAGCAGCUGCAGCUGCACCUGCAGCAAGCGGCCGAAGGAGAGGAUGGGCAGCAGCAGCAUCACCAUCAUCACCACCAUCACCACGGUGGGGAUGGCGGCGGUGGUGACCAUCAGCAGCAGGGAGCGAUCCUUACCGAGAGUGGACAGAUCAUCCUGCAGGCGAAGGAACACGACGAGGAGGCGACCAUGAAGGUGACCGGCGAGGAGAACGGUUCGGCCAUCGCCAGUGAGGAGGGGGCAGCGGCGGCGGCCGCGGACGGCGGUGGCCAGACGAAUGGUGGGGGCGCGGAAACGACGAACGGCUCGAACGGCACAACCGUGACCACGACGACGACAGCUACCUCCGGGACGGCGGGUACGAACGUCGUAACGUCCUCCAAUGCCGGUGACGAUCAGAUGUUCAACUUUGACGAGCUGAUCCAGCCGCAGAUCGUCAUCAAGCAGCAGCAGGUUAAAUAGGUCCAUUAAUGAUAGUUUUUAGAGAGGAUACUUACGACAUAAUCAUCUUUCAUAUUGGGUAGGAAUCCAUUCGGCUUCCCCUACCUAUGUAUACAUAUGGUUCACCUUGUCAGGUGCGUUUGCAAGCUGCACUUUUAAAAGCACCUCUUGGUGAGUGGCUGCCGCGGCCUACAUUACGGGAUCCAUCCGGCGCACUCCGCAAGCAGCAGCAGCAGCAGCAACAACACAGCCACAACCACGUGACCUUUCCUGGAUCCAGCAGGAGUGGCAUCUGUAAAACAGAGGAAAGGACACACAUACACACACAUGCAUAUAGGUUGCGGUUGCACAUCCCAAGCAAAAGAGAGAAAGAGAGAGGUCAAUCGCGGCACCGUGUAAAUGUUAUUAGCUUGUACUAGCCUUUGGUUUGUCACACGGAAAGAAUGCUAUAAAUGAUGUGUGUGUGUGAGUGCAUGGUGUGUGUUAGAUUGCAUCUCGUUACAUUGUACAUAUUUUGGCGUAAACACACACACACACAUACACACGCUACUUUCUAAUCUACUCUGAAUUUCAAACCGUGUAGCCGUGGAAGUGAAGAAUGGGAGCGCGUGGACGAAUGAAUGAAAUUCGUCGCAUUAAUAAGGGCGAAUAAUAUUACGCAAAUAGAAACUACACACAAAUGCAGUGAGAGUGCGUGAAGAGAAUAGUGAAGGGAAGAUAUGGAUGAUCAAUACGAUGUUUGUUGUUAUGCAUUCUAAUCCAACACACGCACACACAUGUGAGCUACUGUUUUUAGGGGGUGGUUGAUACACGUGUGGCCGAACCACCCAGUCGAAAUGUAAAAAAGGGGGAAGAAACUGUUGUGUGUCCGUUGAGGAGCACACACGAAUGUGCAGACACACACACCCCCCAUCCAGACACAGCAACAGAGCGUGUAGUUUCAUUUGGAGCUUAGCUUUUCUCGAUUAUGAAGGGAAAUUUACGACAGCAUGAUAUGAUGACAGGCGUGCGCGCCUGUCUGCCUGCUGCCUACCUGUACAGGCCAUUUGUUUCGGUUUGUUUUAACCGUAAGACUUUUAACGAUAACAAAAAAACAAUGAUAAAAGGACUCUGCAGUGGGAAGAGAGAGUUAAUGCUGUUCAGCCAGAGGCUUUUCCCGACCGAUUAGGGACACAAAUUUUUAUCUUGCGUUUGCGUGCGCGUAUGUGUGGAAUGUUGCUUUAAUGCAAACCGCGCAAUGCUUUGGGCAAGAAGUUGCAAAUUAUUUUAACACACAUACACACACACACACACGAUCAAUAAUUCAUUCGGGCAUCAUUAAUAGCUUUUAUUGAUGACCGCAAGCGCGCAGGGAGUAGAAAAGAAAGAGUGUAGGGAGGAGGUGGAAGGAAACACUAUCCUUUGCACACACGCACGCACAUACGGUAUCAUUUCCUCUCAUUUUCUCCUUCAUUUACACACACACAUACACAUACGCUCGGACACUUUCAUCCUUUCUUCAACUUUUUAGAAACAACUUAUAUUACUUUUAUCAUUUAAGUUAAUACUAAUGCAUAUAUAUAUUAACAAAAACAAACGCUAGCUUUAAAUGCGAUAAAAAACAGUUAUGCGAGCGUGUGUGUGCGCAUAUGACCAUGUUAGCAUGCAUGUGUGUGUGUGCGCGCGUGUGUGUGAAUGUGUGGUGUGAUUGCGAGGGAUGAACGAAUCCUCGAAUGAAUGUGGAAAUUUAUGGAUUGUAAGUUUAAUAUUAGCUAUUUGUUAACAUACCGGAAAACGCUAGAAUAAUAAAGGCUCAAGAGCAGAGGAAAUGCACACACACAUACACUCACAUUGCUUGGAACAAAAACUAGAUUGCUCAGUCUUGUCUGGGCGUCCCUGGGCAAAUGCAUGAAUUUUGAAUGAGUGAAAAACGCGACCUUUUUGUUUUGGGUUUAAACAGUUUAAUAGAAGAGUGAGCUAUGAAAAUCCGUGAACUAGGUGGAAGAUAGACACACACACGUACGCACGCACAUAUAUGCUUACAUACUCUAGAGUACCAUGUGCACGGUUUUUUACAAACAUCAAAGCUGGCGUUGGCAGGUGUAGUGUAGGUAACAGCAGACGAUAGUUGCCGCGAUAAAAAUGCAGGUUUCUUUUUGUUUUUUUCUUCCUCCACAUAUGGAACGUGUCGUGUAGGUCAUUUUCUGUGUGAACGUUGAAUUAUUGGCUAAAAGGAAGACAGUUUCCGAGGUGUCCGACCUGAUGACGUCUCUUUCUAUGGUGUGAGGGGCAGUUGAUAGGCUCUGUAGAGCCACAGCAUCAAUGUAUGCUGCAUCUACAUAUGCUGCACACUAUCAUCCAAAGAUCCCAGCGCCGGUUGUUCUUAUCGUUGGACGUUUGGGCGCGUGUGUCUGUGUGUGUGUGUGUGCUCAUUUGAAGAUCUGAUUUGUGGCAUGUGGAAUGCGAAAAGUGGAGACAUGUGUAUGUGUGUGUGUCUGUGUGUGGCUGCUUGGGGUGUGUUUGGGUGUGCCCAUGGUGUGAUUCACAGCGCUGAGAUGGAAUGUUAUCAGAGUAGGCGCCACGGUGUGUGUAGAGUGUGCAAAAUGUAUAAUAGAAAUGUAAAUAUCAAUUUAAACACCCACAAUAGAACAACAGACACACGAGAAGUAGGAAGGAUCCUGCGUUUGCUUUAGUAAAAAGGCAACUCAAUAUCUUUUUUUUAAAUAGAAUACAGUAAAGAAUAUUAUUAGUUUGAUCUUAAUCGAAUCAAUACACGCGCACCCAUCCAACCGUAGAACCGAGGGAAAACAUUGCAUCUUUCCUAUCGUUCGACGAUAACAUUACAUGAAGAUGAGACGAACAGCAGGAAGGAUGUGAGUCGAAAACUAUAUUAAGCGCCAGCUUUCGUGGGAAAGAUCAUCUUUUGAAAAACAUAACACAACAGUCUAAAAAUGACGAUGAGGGGAAGGUGGAGGAGAGUGCGUUUAGAGUAAGAGUUCACAGGAAUUAAGAAACUGCAUCUUCGUCGCGCCCCUCCCCCCCCCUUCUUUUUUCCCGCAGCAGGAUUAGAAGUAAUAGAAGAGACCAAAAUAUUGUUUUGAGUGUAAGCAUCUAUUUUCUUUUUCUUUCAUUGUUGUUUUUGCAAUAACGCCAUUCGUUUUUAAAAGAACGUGUACAUCAUCUUUCUUUGCACGAUUUAAACUCUUUUUAUAUUAAAUGCCUAGUUUUAGUUUUAUUGUCUUAUCAUUAGUGUUAUUAAUACAGUACAACACACACAUGCUUCUGAGUUCUAGUUUAUGUUCUGUUUAGUUUUA